AUGGCUUCGUCUGACUCAUCUCGUGUUGGAGUUGAACCUUCUGCAUCGAGUGAUCAUCAUACAACAUCUUCUUCGUAUCAUCCACAUCACGAUGCUAGUUUUUGCGGCCCAUCUAAUGUCAAUGUAAAUCCUAUUUCUACUGUGGGUCCAUCUGAUAUUUAUGCUGUAGGUCCGUCUGAUGUUGAUGUCAAUACCUUACCUGCUGUUAAUCCAACUGAAAGAACGAUUACGGCUGCCAUACAUGCUACACCUAAUGGCACCCCGUAUUGGAUACCUCAAGUUGAUGUUAGAUACCUUCCUGUGGUAAAUAGUACAUUUACACAUUGGGAAGAUGUUGUCAUGAUGUACAACACAUAUGCUACGCAAUCCGGGUUUUCUACUCGUAUAGAUAUAUAUUAUGUUCAAGAGAAGGAAAACCACGAGUCACAGAAUCUGACCCCAAUGCUCCAUCAUCCAAGAAACAACAUAUACGAAGCUGAUUCCGGGUGUCGUGCGCGUAUCAAAGUGAGGUUUGAUCGUGCUACCGAACAAUACAAAAUAUAUGAUUUCAUCGCCGAGCACAACCAUUGCAUGAUUGGUAGCGAUCACACCAAUGUGUUAAAACAAAACAGGAAACUUGGAUUUGAGGAGCAACAUUUCAUCCACAAAGUUAGUCUUAACAAAAUCGGCCCAACUGUUGCACAUAACAUUCAAGCAUCACUUAAAGACGGACCUCAAAAUGUUCGUGGCACAACAGAAGAUUUAAAAAAUUGCUCUAUAGACAUACGUGCAUUCAUCGGUGAACGCGAUGCAGACAUCCUCUUACAUACCAUGAGAUCUCGAGUUAACAAUCUUAAUGAUUUCUAUUUUGAUUGUGUCAUAGUUGGCAAUGAGUUACGAUCUUUCUUUUGGGCUGAUUUCGUAUCAUUGCGAAAUUACGAGGCUUUCGGUGAUGUGUGUGCAUUCGACGCUACAUAUGACACCAACAAAUGCAAAAUGAUUUUUGUGCCAUUCAUCGGAGUUGAUCACCACAAAAAAUGUGUUAUCUUUGGCGCUGGCAUGUUAUACGAUGAGACUAUAGAGUCGUAUACAUGGUUACUAAACACCUUUCUGGCUGCACAUAAGAAGAAACCAAUCUUUGUUCUCACUGACCAAGACGCAUCAAUGAAAUAA